AUGGUUCCCCAGUCACUCCUCGCUCUCGUCGCCCUACCAAUAUUGGUAUCCGCUCACUUCGAGCUGUCUUUCCCAGCACCCAGAGGCGACGAUGACGAGAACCAGGCAACUUUCCCUUGCGGCGGCUACGCGCAGACACAGAACCGCACAGCCGUGUCAUUAACAUCCCUGGCUGUCGCCGUCGAGCUCGGCCACACCGAGAACCUGUUCCAGAUCGCCCUUGCCAUUGGCAACGACGUCGGCGACAGCUUCAACACCAUCCUCCUCCCCACGAUCCAGGAGUUCGGCCCCGGAGAUUUCUGCCUAGCUGCCAUCCCCAUCCCAGCGGACCUCAACAUCACCGACGGCACCAACGGCACCAUCCAAGUCAUCACGAACAGCCACGAUGGAAGCGGUCUGUACAACUGCGCCGACGUGACAUUCACAUCAACCACACCCGAACAACCGUCAUCAUGCACCAACGGCACCGGCAUCUCCGCGACCGCACUGGUCGGCAGCGCAGCGAUCAACGCCAACGAGUCAAGCAGCCACGAAGGCCACGGCGACAACGCCACUGCGGCCACUUCGUCCGCUUCGGGAACUGCGGCCUCAGCCACCGCCAGCUCCUCACCUUCUCCCUCAGGAAACUACGCAAACAUGCUUUCCGUCGGAUGGGGUCUCUUGGGCGCCGCCGUCUUGGGCGGUGUGGCGAUGUUGUAG